AUGCAGGUGGGAGCCGGCACGAGGGAAAUCUCGCAAUGGAACAGAGCAUUUUCGAGCGCGGUCAGGCUACGAGACGAGAAAGACAAAACGAAUCAGCCUGCCAGUUCCAUCGACCCUCCAAAGUUGAAUGAGUCUACAGACCCAAUCGAGCCCACAAAGACCCUCGAGCCAUCAAGCACCGCCGAAUCUCCCGACUCUACAGAACCCAACUCACCAACGAUUGCACUUCCAUCCCCCUCUGAACCACCUCCCGACACACCUGCAUCGGUUUCGAGCUCAUUGCCUUCACAUACAGAGCAGCAAAGAUGGGACUAUUCCAAGAAGAUGGCGAAACUGAUGGACGACCUUCUGGCGAGAGCAUCUGUGGCUAGCCAACACAUCAAUGCAUACACUGGGACAGAUUUCUCGGGAAUCGAGGCACUGCGGAAGGAAAUAGUAGACCAGGAGCAGAAAGUCAAACGAUACCGAAUUGCUGUUGAUGAGUCUAAAGCGAGUCACCACGAGGCUCACGCAAACCAGACUUCUGCACAGCGAGAGAUCGUGGGACUGUUAGAGAGAAAGUCAUCCUGGUCUCCCACAGACCUGGAAAGAUACAUGUCACUCGUACGCUCCGAACACCUCAACGAGCGAGAUGUGCAGAUUGCGAAAGACAAUCUCGCAUCUGCCGAGCGAAAUCUAGAGGAUGCGAGGUCUUUGAUGGAGCGUCUGGAGCGGAAGCAAUACCACGAGGAACAGAUAUGGAGUGACACCAUUCGCAGGAAUAGUACCUGGGUGACAUUCGGCCUCAUGGGCGUCAACAUAUUGCUACUGCUCACUCAGAUUGCAAUCUUCGAGCCGAAUCGAAGGAAAAAGAUUGUCCGCGAUGUCAAGGCAGCUCUGGACGAGAAGACACUAGCUAUGGCUCCAGGGGUGGUAGUCGAGAAGCAGAUGGAGGCAGUCACGCCAAAAGAGGCGGUCGUGCUGGAAGAAGUCCAGGCAGAGCCAUCACAGCCACUACAGCCAUCACAGCCAUCACAGCCACCAGAGUCAUCACAGCCAUCAGAGCCAUCACAGCCGCUAGAAGAUCUGCUGCCUCCAAAGGAGGAGUUCUUGCCGCCGACGCCCUCGCCGCCCUUCGGGGAGGCGACAUCUGCGGAGCCUGGAGACGUCGCAGAAGUGAUGCAAGUCGUCAAUGAUGUACCCGCGACUAUGACGCCAGUCGAAAGCACUGUGAGGGGAACCCUCGAAGAGUAUCAGGAGAUACUCCGUGAUCUCUUCAGCGAGCGGAUCGUGCAAGUGAAGAAGGUCGACGUGACGAAUGCAGCCCUUCAAGGCGCAGCAAGUGGUGUUGCUUUGAUGGGCCUUUUGUUCCUGCUCUUGCGGCCCAAAUGA